UUCAUAAGACAGUAGUCUGUCGAUGAGUAUAGAGAAACGAAGAUCGAUGGAUCUAUUAAUCACAUUGAUGAGUACGCGUCGGCACCUCGGACGGAGCACUCCGGAGAUUUCCGGUAAAAAGUCGGAGUCGGCGAGACGUUCACCCUUCCCGAAGAGCGAACAGGCGAGAUAGGCUCUCUCCGUCGAUCUUCACCUCCUCCUCCUCCUCCUCAUCGUUACAGCGUGGAGGAGCCGACUCACUGGCUAGAGAACCCGAGUCUCUCCUGCAGAACAUCCCCGGCAGUUUCACGUCGACGGUCAUCCGGAUCGACUCGCGGCCAAGGUCGAUCUUCUCUCCACGUAUCGAGGCUUUUUAUUUUUAAAAACCGGUGACCGAUUCGCAGUCUCGUCAGGUGUGCCGGGUGCGUUCCAUUCUUGUUGUGACGAUCUUGUGAGUUCUCUUGAAGAUGACGAAUCAAUCUAGAGGAUCUUUGACGAUAGACGUGGAGUGAUUCCUUCACGAUGGAUGCAUGGCGGUGAUGUGCCAGUGUUUUUCCACACGCUUUGGGAUUGGAAAGUACUCAGAUGAUUUUCGGUGAACAUCUCGAAAACGAAUGACGUCAUUUAGAAAAAGUAGAGAGAAAGCUCCGCGGAGCUUGCAAGAGGAAACUUUUAAGAUUUAAGACUAGGACUCAACGAUGUCCUGCGUGAGUAUGUCCUGUUACCAGGAUGGCUUUCGACUGGCCGGUCCCGCGUCGGAAUGCUCCCUUAGGAGCAAAGCUCGCAUCGAUGCCCUCUUCGAGGACUCGCGGUCGAUCUACGGGUCCACCGUGGGUGGCUGGUACGGAGAGGUGUCGACCAUGAACUCGAACCAUCUGGAUGACGUCGGGGCCGAGGAGCAGAAGAGGGUGAACAGCGCGGUUCAGGCUCGAAUCGAGGCGAUGUUCGCUUCCGUGGAAGCCGAAACCGGAACACCCGGUGAAUGCGCCGCCGCAAUUUUACCGGUGAAGUACAUGGGCGCAGCUCCAGUAGGCGGUCGUGUGGCUAGUGUCCGCGGACUCCAGGAACCUCUUCGCCAGCUUCUGGAGAGGGUGGACGUCUCUGUCAGAGCGGAGCUCGAGGUCUCGAGACGCGGCUUGACCUUCCGCACUUCCGACGCUUGCGAGAAGAACAACCCUUUUCGCCGAAUUGCCGUUUGGAGUGCGUUGCGGCUCCGCAGCAAGCGUACACCCUCGGGAGAGUUGCACCAUGCGUUUUUACCUUUGGUGGGCGAUCAUGAGCAGAAUCAAGGCGAGGAAAGGCACGCAGGCUUGUAUAGAACGAUGCGAGAUCUGAAGAUGACGGCAGAACGCUGUCCGCCAAUUUUCGCAGUGGUGAUGCGACGUCCGGGUGCCAACCGAGUGUUAGAAUGUCACGCUUUUGCCUGCGAGACCGAGGAAGAUGCAGUGGCAGCUGCUGCGACGCUUUACAGAGCUCUCCUGGCCGAUUUGGAUGCGAAUCGACGUCGACCGAGGCAAACGAACGGCGUCGGCUGUGUCAGUUUAGCCUCGGUUGUUUCCAGUGUUCGGGAACCGAGUCCGAGCAACAGAAUCAGUGCCAGGACGAGUGUUCUGCCAGUGGAGACUGUCAGGUCAGGUGUGGCACCCGUGAGACCUCCGAGGGCCAAGAAGACCUCGGUAUCUUCUGUAACCGAAGAUGAGAAACCGUCAGACUUGUUGAAAGUACCGAGGAGGAAGAAGAAAAAUUCUGACGUGAAGGCCGAGGAUAUUUUGGAAGCUCGCGGCAGAAGGAAAGACCCACCAGUGAAAGAUAACGCCGCUCCUGUGAUUCAAGCAAGUGAUUCGAUUCAGAAGAAUUUGGAUUCAAGAGUGUCGAACGAAGAACAAAAACUGAACUCGAAGAAUAUGACGUUUGGCUCUAAGAAGGAUUUAGAUAAAAUUGAAAUAGAAAGUUUUCACGAUCCUGCAGAGAAAAUAUAUGAAUUAGGAGCUAACGGGUUUUAUGAGGCUGUCGCGAACAGAUAUGAAAAAUUGCCCGGAAUAUCUGGUAAAAAAGCUGACAGUCCAGAGAAACAGAGCUCCAGGAAGGAACAGGAAGAUAUCAAAGAGAAGGUUUACGAAAAGUCUCACGGCUCGUACGAUUUGAAUCCUUUGAGGAACGCGACUAAGAAUCAGGAUAUUCAUUUUCUAAAACCGCAAUCUAUGAUAUACGACAGAGUCGACAAGUCAGGUUGCAAGAGUGAAGAGAACUCGUUGUAUGAACGGGUCAGCAAACGUGGCGGCAAAGAGAAAUAUUAUGAAGAUCAUUUUAAGGAUGUCGACAAAAUCUACAGCCUUGCUCAAGAAAAUAUUUAUAGUGGUAGAACUAGUAAAAUUGAAAAGGGAAAAGUGAGGAGUUCGCAAGAGGAUAUUUUCUUUGGUAGAUCGAACAGAAACGAGUUUUACAAGUUCAAUCAGGAAAAUUAUUCUGAUUCCAUAUCUGUAGAACGAAGAAGAUCGAGAGAUCAGGAGAGAACUUCUGGAAGACGAGUCAGCAGGGUAGUGACCAUGGAUAAGCCUUUGAAAAAGCAAUCGGCCGAUUCCAUGUCGAAUUUGAAUCUACCCGAGUACAGUCAGCCCAGAGUGAGGAAGAGGAGCAGGGCUGGUAGUGAACCGCCAGUCAGCAGAUCAGAGGAUGCUAUGAAGGCUGUUCAGGAGACUCGAUUAAAGAGGUCUCAAAGCGAUAUUGACGUCGAUCGGGGAGACUUGAUGACCAGAGUCGAAUUACCUCGAAGGGGAAGCUUUUUAAACCCUAGAAGUGCCAGGAGACCGAACAGUAUCAAAGGCGGUACACCUCUAGGAUUCACCGAGCUUUUUGACGAAUUCAGGAACCAGGAAGGGCUGACCAGUGUCGACGACAUCUUAGCAGCUAUUAUUGAUCCUGAAGGAAUGUCCUUCAACGACUUGAAACCUCUGUACAAAGAGUUCUUGCUGAAACUCGCGGCGACUUUGACACAGGACGAACUGUAUCAAAGAUCGGCGAGUAUAAUGAGGAGACGUCGAAGGCCGCAGCGAAGACGAUCGAGCAGGCGAUCUUGUUUGCUCGGCAGAGCUAUCAAGAGGUCCGUGUCCAGAUUGAAAGGUGGUCCCACAGAAUUCACUUCGGUGAUUUUCCCAGCGAGGAGACUGAACGACAGCUUCGGUAGCAGUUCUUCCUGCGACGCCAGGAACAAUCACAGGAAUCGCGUGCUGGCGAACAGAUUGGCGAAGAGACGGUCUUCCUGGAGGGCUAACAAGACCGUCGGUUGCCACACCACCUCGGAGGACAGUGACACGUGCAGAAGACUGAACCGGAGCGGAGCAGCGGCGAACAGAAGCAGCAGCGGUUACGUCAGUUGCAGCGAGUGUAGCUACGAUUCCGAGUCGUGUACCUGCGUGUCCGCGGACAAGUGUUACUGCUCGUUGUCCAGGAAAUUUCCGAUAGAGACUAAUGUACCACCCAAUACGGUGGUGUGCGCCUGUGAUACGGACAGCUGCUCCGAGAGCAAUAAAUGCUACUGCGCCAGGCAGUCGAUCCAGCCGACCUUGUUGGAACAGCUCAGGCAAAGGGGUAUCGUGCCUGCGGAGAGUACUCUCAGUCGCAAUGGAAGUCCGGAACGAGUUCGGUCGGCGAAGACCGGCAGAUGUCGAACGCCUUCUCAAGGUUUGGAUGUACUCAAGAAGCAGUCGUCGUCAAGCUACGGCAGUUCGAACAACCUCGCGCUUGAUUACGACUUGUUUAAUCCGGGUCGGAAGUCUCAGCAAUCUUCGGACAGUGAGAAGGUCUUGGUCGUUAGCGCCAGGGAUACUCAGGGUCGCUUGGUGUACGUGGGUGGCGCGGAUAGGGAUAAGAAGUGUCUCUCGCACUGUUCCAGUAGAUCUGGAGCGCAUCACGAAGCCCUCUCAAUUAAGAAAAGUGCUGAAAUCGCAGCAAUCUUCGGGGCUGAUUCGAACAGGAUCAGUAGGAGAGCUAGUAACGCUUCGAGUAUCAGGAGCUCCAUCAGUCUGGAAGCGGGAUUAGGAUAUUUACCAUGAUCGUUUUAUUUUUACGGUGAUUUCAGUCCACUCAAUCUGAUCGAAAACUUCGAAUUUCUUUAUUCUAAAAACGAGACGAUUCUGAUUGGGAACUGA